AACGACCGGCGAGAAAUGAUACCAAGGUCAUUUUCUAAAAUGUAAUGGAUGUUUUUAUAGAGUAAACAGCGAAGAAAUUAAACUUGGCAAAUUAAGAUGUUGUGAAGCCACAUCCUCAAGCGAGUCACAUAAAAGAGGCUUCCUACAAGUUUAAGCUCAGGACAAACUUGAUUGACAUCCCCAUCAGCUUUAUUCUAAAUUUUAUCAUCACAUUUACUGUUAAUAUUAAUAUUCCUGUUCCAUUUAUUUGGUUUGAUGUUCAAAGAUGUAGUGUGAUUCUGUGUCCAGUUACAGCCCCCCUGUGAUAAAGUCCAGAACAGCUUGUGUUUGUGUUUGGUGUUGCCAGGAGAUUUCUCUAAAACAGAAACAGGUAUCUGCUGUACAUGUACACUUCACCUGCAAGAUCUUCAAUUAUGGAAGUUUUGGAAAACUCUGAUGAGGUGGAGUCUAAUGAGAAAGAGAGGCUGAAGAUGAGAAUUGCUGUGCUAGAGGAGAGCGUGAAGUCCUGUGAGGUGGAGUGUAAAGCUAGCAGAGAGACGGUGCUGAGGCUGGUGGCUGAGCUGGACCAAGAGAGGAGGAAGGCUGCAAACAGCGCAGCUGCACUGGAUUCGCUCAAAGUGGAGAUGGACGGCCUGGUGGUGGGAAGGAGAAGUGUGGAAAUGGAGACACACACCUUAACAGAGAGACUUGAGGCCAGCAGAAGAGUGAUGGAUGCCGCGAGACGGGAGUCAAGCUGUCUGGAGAAACAGGUGAAGGAGCUUGAAAGAAGGCUCCACGCCAGCCAGGAAGACACACAGGCAGCUGAAGAGAAACUACGAACCUUCUUAAAAAAAGUAUCAGGUGUGCUGCAAGUCACGUCCGAAAAUGUCAUUCUGCCCACGGAGAGAGACAUUUUACAGAAACUGGAUACGACCAUGACCGAGCUGGAGACCAGGCUGUCUCACGUCUCCCGGGAGCUGCACGAGCGCACGGAGCUCCAGCACGGAGCACUGCAGCGCGCUCAGCUUGCGGAGCAGCAGGUGCAGGACCUGAGGGAGAGACUGCAGGGUCUGGAAACGGAGCUCCUGAACGCGGACGUGCACCGCGACGGGCUGCGGCACAGCAAACAGCAAUAUGAGGAGUUCCUGGAACAGCUGGCAGAGAAGAUGAAGGUGGACAGUAUUGCUGCAGAUAUAGGUUUCGACAUGAGGCUGAAACUCAUUCUGUCACGUGCAGAGCAACUUGUUAAACAAGAAGGAACUGCUCUAGUGGAGAACAAGAGUUUGACCUUCAGUCUGCAGCGAAAGUUAAAGUCGCACAAGGAGCAGCUGGAGAGCAAAGGGCUUCACAUCCAGUUCCUAAGGAAGAAGGUCUCAGAGCUGGAGGAGGAGAGGAGGAGCCGAUCAGCUCUAUCUGCGGAGCAGGAGGAGGGUCGUCUGGAGGCGCGGAGACUCCAGAGGAAACUGGAGCGUCUGCAAAACGAGCUAAAGGCCACAAAGCUGUCCAACACUGAGCUCAAGGCCCAGCUCUCCCACACUAAUGAGCUCAAGUUGAAAGUCCUGGAACAGAGUCAGGCCAUGCAGGAGCAGAAAAAGAGAGCGGAUCAGCUGGUGGAGGGGAGGAGCAAGCUGGAGAAGAAGCUGAGCUCAGUGAGCUCAGACCUACAGAGCAGAGAGAUGAGGAGCAGGGACGAUCAGCAGCAGCUCAGCAGCCUGAGGCAGAGCCUGGCGCUGCUGUCUGAGAGGGAGCGAGAGCUGGUGGAUUUCCGCCUGGUCGUCUCCCAGAUGCUUGGUCUAGACGCCAAUGCCUUGAUUCACCCAAACUGUGAAAUCAUUAAAUUGCUGGAGACGGUUCUUCACGCUCAACACCACCACCACCACCACCUUCAUCACCAUGGGAAUCUGCCCUGGCACUGUCCUACUCACCAGAGGCCUCAUCUCCCCCAAAUCCAGGAUCUUCCUGUGGGUUCCUCGCUGGAUGUUUCUGCUUUGAGGUCUGUCUGUCCAGAAGAUGCACUACCUAUUUAACAAACCCACAUUUGUUUGGCUGCUCC